AUGUUAGACUAUUUGCUUGCGGCCAAUCAACGAAGUACGCGAUAUGAAAAGAUGGGUUUCAUCGGAGAGGGUACUUUCGGUAGAGUGUAUAAAGCAAAAGAUCUAACAACUAGUCAAAUAGUAGCUAUUAAGAAAAUCAAACUUGGUGUUCUUUCAUCGGAUUCUAUACGAGGCGUUGACGAAGGGGUAUCAUUUUCUGCCAUUCGUGAAGUGAAAUCACUCCAAGAAAUCAAACACAGCAACAUUUUGAAUUUAUUGGAUGUAUUUGUAAACAAGAAGAAUAUUAAUCUUGUUUUUGAAUAUUGCGGACAUGGAGAUUUGGAACAAGUCAUCAAAGAAAGUAGUAUCAUUCUACAAGAAUGUGAUAUCAAACAGUACAUGAAAAUGAUUUUGGAAGCUGUUGAUCAUUGCCAUCGACACUGGGUUUUGCAUCGUGACUUGAAACCAUCCAAUUUGUUAUUAUGGAAAAAUGAGCAAACAAACGAAAUAGAAUUGAAACUAGCUGACUUUGGUCUUGCAAAAAUAUAUGGAUCCCCUGACAAGAGAUACUCUCCACAAUGUGUGACAAGAUGGUAUCGUGCUCCAGAGCUUUUAUUUGGAGCAGAACUCUAUGGACCAAGCGUAGAUCUUUGGAGUGUUGGUUGUAUAUUUGCAGAAUUGAUGCUUCGUGUUCCUUUAUUUCCAGGUGACUCGGAUAUAGAUCAACUCGGUAAAAUAUUUGCAUGUUUAGGUACACCUUCAGAAGAAGAAUGGCCUGGAGUGAAACUUCUUCCAAACUACAUUGAAUUUGAACCAUUUCCCAAAACAGAUUUUUCUGCACUUUUCACUGCAGCUAGUAGAGAUGCCAUCGAUUUGAUUAGCAAAUUAUUAGUAUUUGAUCCAAAUAAGAGAAUUACAGCUCAACAAGCUCUCAAACAUCCAUAUUUCACAAGAGGUGUUCAACCCACACCUAAAACACAAAUCCCAGUGCCCAAACGAAAACAUGCAGCAGACUCGUAUCAACAUCUCUCAAUGAAUCAUGAUGAUCAAGAGAGGAGAGAUUUCGAAUCUCACACGAAAAUGUAUGGAGGGGAAUUGAUGCGCCCUCCAGCCAAUCCCAAUAUUAUUGGAAAAGUUUUAAAUUUUGAAGAUAGUCCUGGAAAUACAAGUGGACUCUCGUCUUAUUCUGUGAUGAGUCUUGUUGGCCCAAACAGUCUAAUGAGAGGAAGGGACUCCUUUGGAAGUGUGAAUAACAGUAGCAUGUUGUCAAACGAUGAAGUUAUGGGAGAAGCAACUUCAACUCCUCAAGCUCACAACAAGAUUUUAAUUUCUCCUGCUUCCAACUUGUCUGUACUCUCAAAUUCAACACAAAAACGAAGUUUCAACGAAUCUGGAAUUGCUACCCCCACUUCGUUCAUUGGAGAAGAACCAAUCGAGUCAAAUACAAGAGGAGUUGGCUUGUUUGACGAUGAAGAAGUUGCAGAAGCUGCGAAUGGCGACGGUGACGACGAGCGUUCUGUAAGAAGAAAGCUUGACCUGUAA